AGUCAGAAUCAGCUGGUUGUGUUGCUAAUCCGUUAAUUUGACGAAGUCUAACGUUAUCUUGCGCAUUUCAAAUACAUAACAGUAAAUAUGCCAUGAUGAGUGAAUUUGGAUCUCUUGGAGAUGGAAUAUUUUCUUCAAACUCAAGACACUCUUCCUCAAGCAGAAGUUCUAAUGACCGGUUGUAUCCGUCGCUUUUUGAAUCCGAUGAAGAUAGCCCUGAUAGUGAUUGCUUCAGCACUGUAAGCGAAUCACGUUCAACGCCCCCACUGACAAGACAAAAGAAUUUACUUUUCCCUGUUAAUGAAGAAGUAGAUCAUUUACGUCCAGAAGAAGUCCGAUGGCUUUAUAAAUCAAAAAGUGAUAAGAAAUGGCAUUCCUUUAUCGGAUAUGAUUCUUUAAGAAUUGAAUGUCGUUUUAGAGCCUUACAAACUAUCGAUGAAGAUGAAGAUAUUAUUGACAAUGAUGUUAUUUCAGUAAGAGGAGGCCUUUAUGAAGUAGAUGUAGUACUGAAAACAUGCAAACCAGUUUAUUGGUCUGGAGAUGAAUCUGAAAUUACACGCGGUCUUUGGUUUUAUGACCAGGAUUGGCAACCUCUAGAGGAAGGUUAUAGUCAGCAAUUAGAAGCAGAACAUAUAUCCAAGUUUCUUGGUCGUAGGUUGGAUGAGUUUGUGCCAUCUCCAUUAAAAGGAAAAAAACCAGUUUUACUUCUUUUAAAAUUUGAAUGGUUUUAUGUGGAAUGGAAUGGGCCUAAUGAUGUUCACCUGUAUAGUGAGUCAAUGUCCUCUAAAUUUGCUAGAGCAGUUGGGAAUAAGCUUGGCUUGCAGAGAGCUGGCUCUCGACUACAGAGGGGUUACAGGUAUGAAGCUGUAAUGGACGACAAGCCAUCUGAUAUCACACAUUUAAUAUUUGUUGUUCAUGGUAUUGGUCAAAAGAUGGACACCGGUAGUAUAGUCAAGAGCUGUAUAGAAUUGAGAGAGAAGUGUGUCAGUAUAAAGAACAAAACCUUUCCUCAGCUUGAUUGUGAUAAUAAAAGAGCAGAAUUUUUACCUGUAGAAUGGCGGUCAAGUUUGAUUUUAGAUGGAGAUACAGUAGAUUCCAUUACACCAAACAAAAUGUUGGGAUUUAGAUCUAUACUGAACAGUAGUGCCAUGGAUAUACUGUACUAUACCAGUCCCCUUUACCGAUCUGAGAUUACUCAGAGUUUACAGACACAGAUAAACCAAUUGUUUGAUAAAUUUUGUGGUAAAAAUCCCUAUUUUAUGCCUAGCGGAGGCAAGAUAUCUGUCGUUGCUCAUUCACUUGGUGCUGUUAUUACAUAUGAUAUACUGACGGGCUGGAACCCAAUAGUUCUGUAUGAUCAGCUAGUCUCCAAAGUCAUUGAUGAAGAAAAGGAACAAGCACAGGGAUCAGAUGAACUGUUGAAUGAGUUGAAUGAAGCCAAGAAAAGAGUGAUUGAGUUGGAGACACUGUUGACUGGUGUUCAUGACAAACAGAAUUCUGCAAAUUCAGCAUUAAAAUUUCAUGUUGAGAAUUUGUUUUGUGUUGGAUCCCCGCUGGCUGUGUUCUUAGCUUUACGAGGAGUUAGACCAACACCUAAAGGAACCAUAGAUCAUAUUUUACCACAGUCUGUCUGUAAACGUCUGUUUAACCUCUAUCAUCCCUAUGAUCCUGUAGCUUACAGAAUAGAACCAUUGAUAUUGAAGCAUUAUACCACUGUGAUGCCUUUACCUAUACAUAAAUAUGAUGCAACCAAUAAAGUGCCAUACCAAACCAUGAAAACCAAAGCUUAUGCAGCUUUUGAAUCAGGAUCAAGAUCAGGAUCCAUGGAAAAACUGACUGAGAAAGGUGAUAAAGCAGACGGUACCAGCAUGAAUGGAGCAGAUCCUGAGGUGACGGGAAGUGCUGAUAUUUCUCCUUCUAGGCAACCUAGAUUCUCUUUUAUUGGUCAUUUGUUCAAAAAGAAGGAAAUCAAAGAUCAAAUGAGUGCAGAACUGAAAAAUUUAGAGAAAAUGGAGAAAGAAGGAGAGGAAAUUGAAUUGACAUUUGACAAACAAUCCAGAAGUGUUUCCAUGACAGUACUGCCACUAGAGCAAGCAGAACAAACAGACUUGGAGUACAGAAUAGAUUACCAGAUUAGACUUGGCAAUUUUACCAACAGUUAUAUCUCAUUGUUGACAUCACACACCUCAUACUGGGGAAAUAAAGAUUUAGCCUACUUCAUACUUACUCAUUUGUUUCCUGGUCUGGAAGAUUCUUGAUUGGAAGAGGAAAUUAGCCAUCUUUAAAAACGCUCAUUGAACAGGCAUGACAAAUUGGUGGAUAUUCUUAUUUUGUUUACAUAAUGCAUGUAAUUUCUCACUUAGGAUCUGGGUCCUCUGGGAGUUAAUAUAUUGCAUUGUAUUAAUUUCAAAACCAAAGUUCAGUUUUAAUGUGUGUACUAUUUGUACAAAACAUAUAAUCAAUCUGGGAAACAGAUUUAUAUACAGGGUAAUAUAGAAAAAAAAGUCAAUGCCAUUAGUUUUAGUCCAUUAUUUUGAGUUUUGGAGUAACAGGAUAUAGACCAAUGUCAGCUCAUCUUGCAAUACUUUUACUUUUUGAAUUGGUAGUUUGUUAAAUUUAUUGUGUAAAAUCUGUUAUGUUUAUUAUUUUUCAGUAGGGUAUUCUACGUAAUAGUGUUACUAUGAUGUUAUAUCAAGCCAAACCACAUUGCCAACAGCUUUGUGAUACCAAAUAUAUUUGACCCUGAGUUAUCAAUGAUGUCAUAUUGAUAAACUUUAGUCAAAGUUAUCAUAAUGAGGUAUAAAAUGCAUUAGAAACAGGAUGAUUAUCUUGAAGGGCAUGUGUAUCGAUAAGUACAAUCUGUUAUUUAUUUCCACAUAUUAAUAAAACGUGAUUGUUCUGGAAGUUUAUAUAAGAAAAACUGUCAACUGAGGGUAUGUCACAUUCGUCUUGUCAACUAUAUUCUAGUCAUUUGAUAAGCAUUUGGGUAAGGUACUGGGUAGCUAGCAAUGACAUUAUUUCCUUACCAUUCAGAUGGCAUCUAUAUUGAUAUAAACCAGUUGUCUUUCAUCUAUAUUUAUUUUAAAAUAAUAUUUUAUGAUACAUAUAUAUUAAUUUAAACAUUCCAAUUUCAUCCAUGUGAUAAUGGCACUGAAUUGAAAAAGACUUCAAGUUAUUUACGUUUCCGUGUUAACAUUUAAAUUUUGUUGAUGCAGUCAUUUUUUGUAAAUUUACUGAUUAUAAACUGUUAAAAUUGUAUGUUACAAUAUAUGUUAAGGUUUUUUGUUACUCCAGGCAUAGAUGGCAUUUGCUAGGUUUUUUUUUCAAUGCCCUUCUUUUUUUGUGAUAGAUUUAAAUUUCCAACUGUUUAAGUUCAAGCCAAACUGAUGAAUUGUAUAAAUUAUAAGCCUGCUAGCUUUGCUGAGUUUUUUUUUUUUUUUUUUUUUUCAUAUCUGCACUUUUUUCAGGACAUCUGGAUUUGGCCUUUUAUUUCUGCGGGAAUUCGGGAUUGUGCCUUUAUUUUCACGGGAGUUUGGGAUUAACACUUAUAGGGACUUGGGAAUUUAAUCAUUUUAGGAUCUGGGAAAGAAUGUUUUAUUUUUUCUGGAAUUUGAAAUGACACACCCCUCCUACCUCUGCAAAUAUGGGAUUUUAAAACCAUGAAAUAUCCCAGUAUACCCCAAUAGAUAAUGAAUGAUACUAAAAUUCCUCAGUGUUAACCAGAUAUAUGACUGGGUAUUUGACCAAUCAUAAGAUUGCAUUUAUACAUGGUUAAUAAAACAAUUGGGAUAUGUAUAAAUGGCCUGAUGCAAGGCAAAAUUUCUGCCCCAAUUCAACAUGCUUCCUUUUUCUAGAGGGUCAAAAUUUUUGCCCUGCACACUAAUUUACCUAUUUGCAGACUACCCAUUGGUGGCUUUCGGCUGUUGUCUGCUCUUUGGUUGGGUUGUUGUCUCUUUGACAUAUUCCCCAUUCUCAAUUUUAUUACUUAUUGUAUACGUUAUUAAUGGGCUCUCAAUCAUAAUGAAAUGAUUGCCACUGAUUGCCACUGAUUGCCACUGCAGGUUGAGUAGGCAACAAUCAAUAAACCAAUCUAAGGUAUGUUAUAUGACAGUGAGAUUCUAGUGUUCCUUGUAAAUUUGUAACAUGUACAUGUAAUUUGAUUUUCCAACAGACUUGAAAUAAAAAAUUCAGUCAUAAUCACGUCUGCUGGAAAGACAUUGAUAAUUGUUCUCUUUUGUUUUAUUUAUAUUGUUGCUGUUGAAUUUGAACUACUGUAAAUAUGAAAAUAUAGAUAAUCUAAUAUUUCUAUAAUUGUAAAGGAUAUGUAUAAAAUUUCAAUUUACAAAUAUACUGUAUAUGACAAAAAUGUCAGUAAACCAACAAGCAGGUGCCAUUUUGUAUUGUGAUAUGAUUUCAUAUGGUAAAUGCUAUACUAAUGUAGAUUUUAAAAGUCCAAUGAACCAAAGUUUCGUAUUGUUUUCCUGUCCACUCCUGUAAUUCACUUCAGACUAAAAUCUAAUAAUGCUUAAUUUGAAAUUUAUGUCUAGAAUUACAAACCCUCCAUCUGCUCUCCUUUAACUAUUUUCAACAUAGGAAAUAGAAAAUCAAUAUAAAUUUUAAUAUUAGGGAAACAAAUAGUCAAAUAUUGUUAAUAUUUGACUAUUUGUUUCCCUGAAAUCCAAAGAACUGAAAAUUAGUUUCUGUAGCCUUAUUUUCAAGCUUAUCCGUUAUCACUCAAACGGUCAACAUACAGUAGCACAGAAUGAUAUCUGAUGUAUUAAUAUGAAGAAUAAUUCAGGGAAUGUUGCUAUGCAAAGCCCUAUGCUUGUACUGCAAUUGUAUGUGUCCAAUACCUUAUUCCAAGUUAUUAUCAGGAAGUUAUACAUACUAUCAUUAUGAUUUUUAUCAUAUACCAAUGGCUUGCCCUGCAAUAGUUUUUUUGUGCGGAGAACAGGAAAUUUAAAAAAAAGAAGACAAACAGAUUUUUGAAUUAUGUUUUAUUCUAUCAUAUAAACUGCUAAAAAAAGAAAUAUUUGAAAACAAUAAUUGGACAUAAAGGUAAUAGUAUAAAGUAAAAAACUCCUUACACUGAUCAUUUUAAACUUCAAAGCUACGCAUGUAUUCCUGGUACAAGUAGAUGUUGCCCAACAGGUUCUAAUUAUUUAGUAAUUUCAAAAUUAUUAUUCCUAACAAAGUACAUAUACACAUUUGGAAAUUUUUUUUUAUCUUUAUAAAUACUCAAUAAUUAUUGUGUUUAAAUAGAUUAUUUAACUGUUUGAACUUUGAAGUAGUCUGCCUGCUGCUUUCCUUGGAUUAUUUAAAAUUUUCUAAAGAAAAAUGUUGUACGAGACAAAUUCACAAUGUUGUGAAAUGUUUUACUUAUGUGUGAAGCUACUGUAUUAUUAUAUGUAAUGUGUUUUGUUAUUUGCUUUUAAAAAGCACAGAACCAAUGUCUGUUUGUGUAACUUGUUAGCUAUUUUAUGUGUAUGCUGUCUCCAGACGAACCUUCCCUCUGCUAUGUGAUGGUGUAGCAGACUUUUGUUGAACAAAUCAUGUCUUCAGUAUUUUAAUUUCUUUAUAUUUUUUUAUUAUAUGUUAAAUAUAAUGAUCUACUUCAAAGAAAAUCCAUGAUGUUGUGAAACGUGACAAUCUUAUUUCAGUGCCUGAUAUAUUUUUUAUAUUUGUAUGUGUAAAAGUAUAUUUUUGAUUGAUAUGUUUACUCUGAAUUACGGCUCAGUAAAAUAUACUUUUAUUGUUCGUAGGUUAAACUCUUUAAAUGCUAGUAUGUUACUGUAGAUUAAACUUGAAGGGAUUGUAAAGUUUGCAAUUCGGCCUUGACCUCAUCUUCACACUCAAGUGGUUAUUUUUAAGUUUUGGCAAUGGCUUCAUUUUCAGAAUUCAUUCUUUUAUGGAAUAAUUUAAACAUUACAUCAGUGAAACAUUGCAGUUUUAUUCUUUCAAUUUAAUAAAGAGUAAACUGUU